AGUUUCCUCCUACUGCGAACAUCAGUGCUCUGGCCUCCGUCUCCUGGCCACCUCCCUCGCGCCAUGGCCCCGAAGCGGCAAUCUGCGAUCCUGCCUCAGCCCAAGAAACCCAGACCCGUUGCUGCCCCGAAGCUGGAGGACAAGUCGGCCUCUCCCGGCCUGCCGAAGGGAGAAAAAGAACAGCAAGAAGCAAUUGAACAUAUUGAUGAAGUACAAAAUGAAAUAGACAGACUUAAUGAACAAGCCAGUGAGGAAAUUUUGAAAGUAGAACAAAAAUAUAACAAACUCCGCCAACCAUUUUUUCAGAAGAGGUCAGAAUUGAUCGCCAAAAUCCCAAAUUUUUGGGUAACAACAUUUGUCAACCAUCCACAAGUGUCUGCACUGCUUGGGGAGGAAGACGAGGAGGCCCUGCACUAUUUGACCAGAGUUGAAGUGACAGAAUUUGAAGACAUUAAAUCAGGUUACAGAAUAGAUUUUUAUUUUGAUGAAAAUCCUUACUUUGAAAAUAAAGUUCUCUCCAAAGAAUUUCAUCUGAAUGAGAGUGGUGACCCAUCUUCAAAGUCCACCGAAAUCAAAUGGAAAUCUGGAAAGGAUUUGACAAAACGCUCAAGUCAAACGCAGAAUAAGGCCAGCAGGAAGAGACAGCAUGAAGAGCCAGAGAGCUUCUUUACCUGGUUCACUGACCACUCUGACGCAGGUGCUGACGAGUUAGGAGAGGUCAUCAAAGAUGAUAUUUGGCCAAAUCCUUUGCAGUACUAUUUGGUUCCCGAUAUGGAUGAUGAAGAAGGAGAGGCAGAGGAUGACGAUGACGACGACGAAGAGGAGGAAGGGUUGGAAGACAUUGAUGAAGAAGGAGACGAGGACGAAGGUGAAGAAGACGACGAUGAGGAUGAAGGGGAGGAAGGAGAGGAGGAUGAAGGCGAGGAUGACUAGCACAGAAGACCGAUGGAUCCAACCUUCUUUUUCAUUUUCUUUUUAUUUUUUAAAUUUCCCCAGUCCCUGGGAGCGAGUUGCAGUCCUUUCCUCCCUGUCCCUCUGUGCUCAGCCGCCCUGUUUUUGAGGUCUCAACAUCAUGGUUCUCAACUAAUUUGGGGGAAAAUAUCUUGAGCAAAAUACAACAGGAAAA